GAUCUAUUUUUGAUAUCUGAAACUGAAUUUCUCUUCCAUUUCUUUAACUGGGUUCUUCAAGGAAGAAAUUGGUAGAGUUGCCUUCCAUGGCAAAUAAUCAUAACACUAUUUUGAGUUUCCGUUUUCUCUGCUUCAUCAUCUUCAUCCUCUCUGCCUUCUCAAUCAUCUCAUUCCUAUAUUGGUGUCACUGCUCAGACUCAGUGCCAUGCUAUUCCCGUUACCAAGUAACUGAGCAAAAGCAGAAACCGAAUCAACCUAUUAACCUUCUUACAUUCCCUUCUGCAUGGAAUCGUCUUUCCUUUUCCUCUGAACCGCCUCCAAAACUGCUUAAGAUUGCACUCUUUGUCAAGAAAUGGCCUGACAGAUCUCAUGCAGGAGGGCUUGAACGGCAUGCCUUGACUCUACACCUUGCCCUGGCUAAAAGAGGCCACGAGCUUCACAUUUUCACCACAUUUUCCUCAAACUCCUCCUUCCCGAUAUACCCAAUGGGGAAUUUAUAUUUUCACCUCUCAAAACCAACAGCUGCGGGAUAUCUGGACCAAGCUUCUGUAUGGAAGCAAUUUCAGACUCAAAAUUCGUCCAGAAGGCCUUUUGAUGUUAUCCACACUGAGAGUGUUGCGCUCCGGCAUACACGAUCGCGGUAUCUGACAAACUUGGCUGUUUCUUGGCAUGGGAUUGCAUAUGAAACCAUUCAUUCUGACAUCAUUCAAGAAAUUCUGCGACCUCCUAAAGAACAACAGGCACACGCAUUGGCUGAAAGAGCUAUGAAGGUUGUGGAAGAGGUGAAUUUCUUCCCAAGGUAUGCCCACCAUGUUGCUACAAGUGAUCAUGCUGGAGACGUCUUGAAAAGAAUCUACAUGAUCCCAGAAGAAAGAGUUCAUAUUAUUCUUAAUGGUGUAGAUGAGGAGAUUUUCAAGCCAGAUGUUACAAAGGGAAAUGAAUUUAAGCAGAAGUUUGGCAUUCCGGCUUCUAAGUUACUGGUUCUGGGAACGGCAGGGAGGUUGGUAAAGGACAAAGGACAUCCGCUAAUGUUUGAAGCUCUGAGGGAAAUGUUUAAGGAAAAUGAAACAUUUCGGGAAACCAGCGCUGUUCUGGUCGCCGGCGACGGUCCUUGGGCCGUUAGAUACAGAGAUCUUGGGGUAAAUGUUCUGGUUCUGGGGCCGCUGGAACAAGCUCAACUGGCAAGGUUUUAUAAUGCUAUUGAUAUUUUCGUAAACCCAACUCUUCGAGCUCAGGGGUUGGAUCAUACUCUGUUGGAAGCCAUGCUUUCUGGUAAGCCUGUAAUGGCUACAAAGCUUGCCAGCAUUACAGGGUCUGUGCUGGUUGGCACAGAAAUAGGCUACACUUUUUCACCAACAGUAUCUUCAUUAAAAGAGGCUCUUUACAGAGCUUGGCUUGAUGGCAGAGGAGUUCUGGAGAACAAAGGUCAGGUUGCUUUCCAGAGAGGUUUGGAGUUGUUCACUGCCACCAAGAUGGCUGCUGCAUAUGAGAGGCUAUUCCUCUGCAUAUCUAAUGGUGGGAACAAAAGUAACAAUUAUUGUCAAUACCACUCUCCACUCAAUUAAAAAGGGAACACAACACACCACAAAUGGUGGUGGUCUAGUGGUAAAAGCUUAGGAGGCCGGGUAGUCAAAAGAUCGAGUCUUGGAUCCCCGGCUUGAGGGAGCGCCAACGGAUCUCCCAUCUUAGUAAGUCCGUCUAAGCCUCUUCUGCCAUUAGUUUCCUAGCGGAUAGGAGGCUACUAUGGUAGAGGAAGAUGAAAGAGGAAGGAAGCUGUGGCCAUCCCUAAACAUUCAACCUUGUUAGGUACACCAUGGAUCGUUAUUGUGGAGGUAAGCUUGGUUAUUUUUGUUUAUUUUCUGUGUCAUUUCAAAUUUUCAUCACUUUAUUUGGAAAUUACAGGUUAAAAUAUGCCUCUAUAGAACGCAAAUUGAAAGAUAUCAGCCACUGGAUAUUAGGCAUAAUUGCAUAAAAAUCCAUGGGUGAAACUUCAAGCAUUUAUAUUGGCACAUGUGGAAACAACUCAAGGCCCUUUUCUCCAUCUUUUAUCGUAAUUACAGCUUAAAAAGAGCACAUAAACAUUGUUCAACUACAUUGACCACUCUUUUUUUUUUUUUUUUUUUUUCUUUUUUAACUACAUUCGCUACUUAAUUAUACUGCAUAUCUGCCUGCAUAUCACCAGGCUCCACAAACUCCU